AUGGGCGGCAGCGGCGGCGGCGGCGGCUUCGGAGGAGGAGAUGAGAAGGACCGGCUGCUCUCGGAGUCGCCCCCGUCGUUCGGCAGGGACUUCUCCGACGACGACUUCUCCGGCGAUGACCGAUUCCGAAGAACCGGUUAGGAAUUUUCUCUGGCUCUCGACGUUUUCGUCCUCCUCCCCUUUCCUCAACACCGGCCGGCGUUUCCUCCGUCAUUCCGCCGCCGCAGGGACGCUCUGGACCGGCGUCGCGCACAUCAUCACGGCGGUCGUGGGCUCCGGCGUUCUGACUAUGGCUUGGAGCACGGCGCAGCUAGGAUGGGCGGCGGGGCCUCUCUGCCUGCUGCUCUUCGGAGCGGCCAUGCUCAUCCUGUCCUUCCUCCUCGCCGACUGCUACCGGUCACCGGACCCCGACUGGGGGCCCCACAGGAAUCGGACGUACAUGGUAGCUGUGAAGUCCAACUUAGGUGACGACGAAACCGCAUGACGUACCAUUCGGAAAGAAAUAUUUCUUUUUGCAACGGUUUAUUGCUUGCUAUAUUUUAGAUCGUAAAAAGUUUUUUAAUAAAUAUUUAAAAUGAAAUAUUUUCCUAAAGAGGAUAAUAAAUGGAAUUUGAAAGUGGAAAUUAUUUUCGAAAAAAUAAAUAUUUUCCUACAGAAGCUAAGCUCGCUGACGCUCGCCCUCUCUCUCUCUCUCUCUCUUCUCUAACGUGGUGUGUGUUCGGAGCUCAGGUGAGAAGCAGAGAUGGAUUUGCGGGUUCCUCCAAUACGUGGGCAUGUACGGAAACGGCGUUGCGUACACCAUCGCUACUGCAGCCAGUGUGAGGUAUCAUCCCUUCCAACAUCUCUCUCUCUGUCUCUGUCUGUCUGUCUCUCUCUCUCUCUCUCUCUCUCUCUCUCCCCUUCCCUCUCCAUUUCCACAAACCCAAGUCGGUCCUGUGGACUUCUCCUGCGGGGGGUUCUUCGGAUCCUCGGCUCUUCAUAGAUUAAAAACCUCCCAACAAUCACUGCAGGGCGAUCCUGAAAUCAAACUGCUACCACAGAGAAGGCCAUGAUGCUCUCUGCGAGUAUGACGAUCGGUCCUACAUGCUGAUCUUUGGAGCUGUUCAAGUCGUACUCUCUCAGAUACCCGACUUCCACAACAUGGCGUGGCUAUCCAUCGUCGCCGCUGCUAUGUCUUUCUCCUACUCCUCCAUUGGGCUCUCCCUCUCUCUCGCUAAAGUACUGGGUAAUGCCUCCGUUGUCUUACUAAAACUUACUAAAACUAGGGUUCCUAUACUUAUUUAAGAUAUCUUCUGGAGUUUCUGCUGGUUGGAACGGGGAGGAGAUGAGGCUAGUUGCAGAUGUGGUGUGUCCCAACUCUGAGCAUAGUUUCCUUUUUUUGUCGCGAACCCUAGAGAAUGGAACCAUCAAGGGCAGCAUAGGCGGCGCCGCCGAAGGCACGGCGGCGGAGAAAGUCUGGAGAAUAGGCCAAGCCCUUGGAGACAUUGCCUUCGCCUACCCCUUCUCCGCCAUCCUUUUAGAGAUAGAGGAAAGACCCGAUCCUUCCUUCCUUCUCGUAUCACUUUCAAUAAUUCAAGAUUAUCCAUCCCAUAUUAUGAUUGACUAUUGAAACUAAUUCUACUAAUAAUAGCUAGCUUUUCUAAACUAGGCAUCAUAUUAUGUUGUUGACUCUCUCUCUCUCUCUCUCUCUCUGUAUUGCCACAUGCAGGAUACACUCCAGUCGCCUCCACCAGAGAACCAGACCAUGAAGAAGGCUUCCGCCAUCUCCAUCCUCAUCACCACCUUCUUCUACCUCUGCUGUGGGACCUUCGGAUACGCCGCCUUCGGGAGCAGCGCGCCGGGGAACCUCUUGACCGGGUUCGGCUUCUACGAGCCCUACUGGCUCGUUGACUUCGCCAACGCCUGCAUCAUACUCCACCUUGUAGGAGCAUACCAAGUCAGGAAGCAAAUCAUAAAAACAUGACUUUUCCUCUCCAAAUCAGUCAAAACUAGCGGAUCACGUACGUUGACUCGUUGGCCUUCUCGCAGAUCUACAGCCAACCUGUAUUCGGAUUCGCGGAGAGAUCGCUGGGAGAGAACCUCUCCUGCGGCGGCGGCGGCGGGGGCGGCGGCGGAGUGGCUCAGCCGUUCUGCAGGGUGAAUCUUCUCAGGGUCUGCCUUCGGACGGCUUACGUGGCGUUGACUACAAUGGCGGCGAUGGUCUUCCCGUACUUCAACGAGGUCCUGGCGGUGACCGGGGCCUUCAGCUUCUGGCCGCUGAUGGUGUACUUCCCGGUGGAGAUGAGCUUGGUCCAGAGGAAGACGAGGGCUUGGACGGGGAGGUGGGUGGCCCUGCGGAGCUUCAGCCUCGCCUGCUUCCUGGUCUCCGCGGUGGCGUUCGUGGGCUCUCUCCAGGCCCCAUCAGCAGUUUGA